AUGGCGGAGCAGCGGGCACUCAUGGCCGCCAAAGACGGAGACCUGGCCACACUGGAGCGGCUGCUGGAGGCAGGAGUCCUGCGGCCCGACAUUGCUGAUGCCCUGGGGGCUGGCUUGGUCCAUCACGCCACUCGGGCUGGCCACCUGGCCUGUGUCCAGUUUCUGGUGCAGCAGGCCCAACUGCCCGGCAACCAGCGGGCCUGCAACGGGGCUACGCCAGCCCAUGACGCUGCGGCCAUGGGCAGCCUGGCUGAGCUGUGCUGGCUGGUGCGCGAGGGGGGCUGUGGCCUGCAGGACCAAGAUGCUUCAGGCAUGUCGCCGCUGCACCUGGCUGCUCGCUUCGGACACCCCGCGCUCGUGGACUGGCUGCUUCGAGAGGGCCACGCCGCCACUCUGGAGACACUGGAGGGGGCCCUGCCACUGCACCAUGCUGCUGUUAGCGGGGACCUCACCUGCCUCAAGCUCCUGGCUGCUGCCUAUGGCAGCGGUGUGAACCGGCGCACGCGGAGCGGGGCGUCCCCGCUCUACCUGGCCUGCCAGGAGGGCCACCUGCACCUGGCGCAGUUCCUGGUAAAGGACUGUGGGGCCGACGUGCACCUGCGCGCCCUGGACGGCAUGGGCGCACUGCACGCAGCCGCCGCCCGCGGCCACUACUCCCUGGUGGUCUGGCUGGUCACCUUCACGGAGGCAGAGCUGGCUAUGCGGGACAAUGAGGGGGCAACAGUGCUACACUUUGCAGCCCGGGGUGGCCACACCCCAAUCCUGGACCGGCUGCUCCUCAUGGGGGCUCCCAUCAUGAGAGACUCGUGGGGUGGGACCCCCCUCCACGAUGCUGCAGAGAAUGGACACCUGGAGUGCUGUCGGACCUUGGUUUCCCACCAUGUGGACCCUUCGCUGCGGGAUGAGGAUGGUUACACAGCGGCUGACCUAGCAGAAUAUCAUGGACACCAGGAAUGCGCCCGGUUCCUGCGGGACACAGCAAUGUCGGUGCCCCUGCUGAUGGCGCCCCCACCGCCCCCCUUCCCCCCGCCGCCACUUUCAGCCGCAAGGCAGGCCCUGGAGGAUGAGCUGAGAGAGAGCACAACAGGGCUCAGGAGCCCCACCUCCACAACCUCGUCUCUCAGCCCCACCUGGCCUGACCAGCCAGUCCCAAAGGAGCAGACAGUUGAAAAUGCACCUCCAAGGGCCACUACUGGUGCCACGGCUGUCCCCACAGAUGUGGAGACCUCUGCAGGGAAUGCCCCUGAUGGCUUGGCCUUGCUGCAACUGGAUGGACUGCCCUCUGGAGACCUGGACGGGCUGGUGCCCACACAGGAUGAGCAGGGCCGCCCCAUCCCUGAGUGGAAGCGGCAGGUGAUGGUGCGGAAGCUGCAGGCACGCCUGGGCUCAGAGACACCCCUGGAGGGCCAGGACGAGAGCGGAAGCGGCAGCCUCCCAGAGCAGGCACCCUGGCGGUUCUCACAGGCCCAUCAGGCUAUCUUGGGCCCCUUCGGGGAGCUGCUGACCGAGGACGACCUGGUGUACCUGGAAACACAGAUCACCAGCCUACAAUUGAGGCGCCGCUGUCAGGAGUAUGAGGGCGAGCUAGGUCGGCUAGCAGCUGAGCUGCAGGCCCUGCUGCCCGCACCCCUGGUCCGCAUCACAGUGAACAGCCACUUCCUGCCCCGGGAGGAUGGGGCCAGUGGCGAGGAGGCCCAAGAGCCAGUGGCCAAGCUCCCAGUCACCGAGGGGCCUCCCGAGGCUACACCUGGUGGGCAGCCCUUGCCCUUCUGGUGCAGCCAAAUCGCCCGGCUGGUUCGCAGCCUGACCCUGCUGCUGAGGGGCAUGAAUGGGCUGGCGCAAAGCGAGGGGGAGGCCGACUCCCAGACCCCCCAGGUGGCUCCUCGGGAGGUCCCAGCUGGCCCUCUCUGGAGCACCGCUCAGCGAGAGAUCCAGGAGUGUGGAGUGUCUGUGCGUACCUUGAGAGGCACUUUUGAGUCCCUGCUGGGCUCUCCCUGCACCCCUCAUUCCAGCUCCUGUGAGCAGGGGGCUCACUCUGGCCAGUGCACCGGUGGUUGUUGGCUGGGUGGCCCACAGCCUUGUGGCAACCCCAGUGCAGGGGUUCUUGGGUCAGCAGACACAGAGGAGACCAGUGACUCUGGCAUCAGCUGCGAAGAAGCAUCGUCCGAGGGGGGUCCCUCACUGGGCCCUGACCCAGCCAGCCUGCGUAAGGAGCGCAUUGUGUUGCUCUUCCUGAGCCACUGGAAGAAGUCGGCUUACACGCCAGCUCUCCGGACAGCCGCCUGCCAGACGCUGCAAGCCAGGCGCAAAAGUCCACAGCCAUCCUCCCCACCACCUGGUCCACGCCUCAGCCAUGUGUGGCAGCAGCGAGGCAUCAUUGCCCACCUGCUGGGCACCUGGAAGGCCAUCCUAGCCCAUGUACCAGCUCGGCAGCUGCGGCGGCUAAGCCGGCAGCCCCGCCACCCAUUGUCUCCUGAGCAGUUCCUCCCACACGUGAACGGGGCACCCUUGCCCUAUGAUGGCCUCUCACUGGACCUCUUUAUGCUGGGCUACUUCCAGCUGCUCGAGUGUGAGCUGCCGGCCGAGGAACGCAAGAUGCGGCACCUUCUCUGCUUCGAGGUGUUUGAGCACCUGGGCGUUCACGGCUGGGAGGCAGCCCGGGCCUUCCAUAAGGCUGUGACCGAUGAGGUGGCCGCUGGCCGCCGCACCUGGACUGACGGAUUUGAGGACAUCAAAGCCCGUUUCUUCGGCUCCAGUGGCCAUCCCGCCUGGGACCCGGAGCCUGGGAGUAAGUCAGGCCUGACCACCCUGCCGCAAGCUGAGUCUGACCCUGACUCUGGUGCCGAGCCCCCGGAGUCCCCCUCACAGCGAGGCAGCUUCAACAGUGAGGACAUCUGUGGCUAUAUCGACCGCAGCUUUGCCUUCUGGAAGGAGAAGGAGGCUGAGAUGUUUGCUUUUGGGGAAUGA